AUGACUACAACCAACGCUGCAAAGAUCACCUUCCUCGGCCUUAACACCCUCCGACUCGUCUCGCUUAUCGUGAUCAUCCUCGUCUUCACCACCCUUAUCAUGGGCCUCGUCGAAGACGUUCGCGACUAUCACAAUGAUGCCAUCAUGGACGAAGCCGAAGCAGAAGACUGCGCCUAUGUUCCCGGAACCUCCAUCCCCAUGCAGACGUGGGGCAUCUUCUGGGUCGAACUUCAUCGCAUGUUACUCAUCGUGGGGGUUGUGACACUCUUUCUCGCCGAAUGUAGCUUCUUCAGUAUCGUCCGGCUCGAGCAAGCAUCACAGACCUGGUUCCCCGUUCUGAGUCGUACACGAGGUCUUGCAGCACUUGGAUGUGUACACGUCGUUAUCGCCACUUCUAUUCUGAGCCACUACCUCGACGAGUUUCCCCUCGUAGUCAGCUGGGUGCUGUUCGUCGUUGGAAUGUGCUAUCUUUGCCUUGGUCUUGCUUUUCAUUCGCAUCCGCUCAAAGACGGACGCAGUCUGUUCUCGCAAAAACGCAAGCAAUUCGUUAAGGGGCAAGGACAGGAACACAUAUACCGCACCUUUGGCAGGGAGAAAGACUACGGUGCCACCACUAGCACCGCGAAACCACCAAUGGUCCUCAAGAAACUAUUCAAGCGCAAAGGUGAUGCCACCGAGAGCCGCAAACAUCCCAUAUCUAUCAACGAAACUUUCCCUUCGCUCGAGACAGAUUCGCACAAACAAGUCCUUGCCGAUAGAGCACGUCGAGCGGACCAUCGCAGAAAGACUUCGAGCAUUGCAGUAGACAUGUCAAUCCUUCAAGCAGAUCAAUCUUCCCUCACCCGAGACUUUGUUUGGAACGCAUCGGCGGGUGUAGUGCACGAGCGCGACCCAGACACGACACUCUCACAACACAAUGUUGGCUCGUGGGAGAUGCGACAUGUCAACGGCAAUCGGCGCGACAGUGGGACCAGCGAGCAGUCAUGCAGUGCUGCAAGCGUGGCCAGUAGUACCGUCCGUAUCGGAGGAUACACAUCGCAAGAAGCAGCGCGCGCUCGCGAAAGGGCCAAACGACGACGUGCAGCUGCCAACGCUGCUGCAGCCUCUUCCGCUGACAGCGCAGAGAGAAGCUAUCCACCUCCUGCUCAGAGCACAGGGCAAAGUGUCAAAGCAGCCAAAAUGAAGAACGUCAAGCGAAGGAGUCUUGCUUUGGUCAACACAGCUCGUCAUCGGCUCAGUGCCGGGACUGCGUCUGCACUCGCGGCGAGGAGGAGGGCGCCGCCUGCACGCGAACGUGGCAUCCCAAAUCCCGAUACAGACAUUGUGAUCGAAUACAUUGACGAUGAGGCUACUGCUCCACCGGUUCCACCGCUCCCGGCUUACCAUCAGGCUACAAGAACAGUCAAUGACGUUGAACUUCCCGUUGCUUCUCGCUUCACUCGCAAUCAUGUAGUAUAG